AUGAAGAUUCUUGUCUUGGUCCUGGUUUGUCUACACCUCUCAGAGGGUGUGGAAAGAAUCAUGCUGAGGAAAGGAAAGUCUAUCUGCAAGGUGAUGGAGGAGCAGGGUGUAAUGGAGAAAUUCCUUAAAAAACACCCAAAGGUUAAUCCAGCUGCCAAGUAUCAUUUCAAUAAUAUUGCUGUUGCUUAUGAGCCCUUCACCAACUACUUGGAUGUGAUCUAUUUUGGGGAUAUCAACAUUAGGACACCACCCCAAAAUUUCCUGGUCCUCUUUGACAUGGGCUCCUCCAACCUAUGGGUGCCUACCUACUGCCAGACCCAGGCUUACUGUGAGUAUACCACUAUCACUACCACCUCCUGGAUGGGAGCAGAAGGAGGGGCACCAUCUGAAUUAAGCACAGGCUGA